AUCCGAGUAACGCCCACUUGCGCAAACCACAAAAGUGAAUUGUUUUAAACUCAAACUUCCUUAGACCAAAGACAUUUACGCUUACCGUUAGUAUUGUAUACGUCACUAUUUCUAGAACUAGAGGGAAAGUCCAAUGAGGUCAUAGUUCGAUAAACAUAUGCAAAUAUAUGGGAAAGUACCAUACGCCAUACGCAUCUAUCCCGCAACUGCCGAUCAACAGAUCAUCGACAUAUCGACUUUUGCUUAAUUCAUUCUAGCGACAACAUCGAAAACAUCGAUGCGCAUCAUUUGAUCGACACCGAUACCCAUAACUUACACUUAAAGAGACUACUCUUGACCAAUUAUACACCCUCUACAUCUGAUUAAAUCAUUGUCUAGAUCUCCGUUGCUUGUUUUACUCGGCAACUUGACUAUCUAGCUACGUAUCUAUCGCCAAUCGUCUGGUCGAUCCCGGUCUUUGCGCUGUUGACACCUAACUUCUAUAAUCAUAUUGUUACUCGCGAUCCCGAUAUACGAAUUAGACAGAGUACUUGAUAUAAGUCAAACAUUAUCGCCAUGGAGACUAUGAUCAAGUCGAUCCUGCGCAUAUUGCAGUUCCUCCUUGUCCUACUCACCACCGCGCUCAUCGGCAAUGUCAUCGCAAGCAAUAUCAGCGGUUCCGAGUCUGCCGUCAACUUCACCAUGUUCGUAUGCGCUUUGGCGUGGCUCGCCGUUCUCUACGGCCUAACCUCGCACUUCGUCCCCACCAUCUCCAUCCCUGUUGCCGCGCUCGGUCUCGACAGCGCCGCCACCUUGUUUACCUUCAUCGCCGCUGUCGUCCUUUCCGCUAAGCUACAAGCCGUAAACUGCUCUCAUCUUACGAAUAAGCCCAGUGACUACAUUGCCUUCGGCUCCAAUAACGACGAGAAGCGCUGCCGCGAGAUCCAGGCCAGUACCGUAUUCCUCUGGUUCCUCUUCGCCUCAUUCGCUGCGAGCCUAUUCUUCGUGCUAAAUGAGUUCCGGCGCUCCGGCGGUUCCGUUCGCGGGCCUAACAUGUCCCAGAUAGGCGUGUAGGCUGCUGAUCAGAAUGACGACCGCUAUGACUCGGUACGGCGCACGAGUGUGGGGGCUACGACCUCAUGAAAGAGAAAUAGAAAGACAAGGGGCUGGAUGGACUAAUUAUCGAUGCAUGAUCACGAGGGUGAACACGCUUAAGUGUAAAAGCGAAAGAUGGGUUGGCGUAUAUUUCGAUAAUACGUGUCCCGCGCGAGCCCCGAAUUCAUUUCCCCUAUAGGUAUUGGAGAAUCAUCAACGUGGUCGGCGAGGCGACUUUGUUCAUUAGGCUAGGGAUACGGAAUCAUCGAUGAGUGUAUAAGGAAUUAUUGUAUGGAUUACGCUUGGUAAACGAGCAUUUGUGUCUGGAUUAGUCGAGUUUUAGUUAAUUAAUUUAACUAUCAACUAGGGUUUUGAUAGUAUAAACUUUUCAAGUUAA